AUGGGGGACGCACUUGUUUCAGCACUUGCAAGUACAAUCUUGACAAAUUUAAACUCUUUGAUUCAUGGGGAGACUGCUGGAUCCCAAUCCGAGCUUCAAAAUCUUGAGAGCACUUUAACUACUAUCCAAGCUGUGCUCCAUGAUGCAGAGGAACAGCAAUGGAAGAGUGAAGCUGUCAAGAAUUGGCUCAGAAAGCUUAAGGAUGCAGCUUACGAAGCAGACGAUCUUUUCGAUGAAAUUGCAUUGGAAACACAAUGGAAAAGGCUGCCGAAAACUUUACCAACGCAUGUAAGGUGUUUCUUUUCUGAUCCCAAUCCAGUUUUUUUCAAAGUUAAAAUGUCUCAUAAGCUGAGGAAUGUUAGGGAGAAGUUAGAUGGUAUCGCUAGAGAGAAGAAUAAGUUCCACCUCAGAGAGGAAGUUACUGUGGGAGAUAGAGAUAUUGCUGGUAUCUUAGAUUGGAGACAGACCUCUUCGUUGGUUAAUGAGUUAGAAAUCAUAGGAAGAAAUAAGGAAAAAGCGGAGUUAAUCAGUAUGUUAUUGGCUAAUUCGGAACAUCUUUCUGUUUACGCUAUAUGCGGAAUGGGAGGACUUGGAAAAACUACACUUGCUCAAUUAGUCUACAAUGAUGAAACAAUAAAGGGUCAUUAUAGAGUCUAUUGAUGGCUGCAUCCUAACUGCCGGGAGUUGGAGCCCUUGCAGCGGAUACUCCAAGAAAAGUUGAGUAGAAAGAGAUUUUUGCUUGUCUUAGAUGAUGUGUGGAAUGAGUAUGCUGAUAAGUGGGAUGGGCUGCACUAUACCGUAGGGUGUGGAGGUACGGGUAGUGCUGUGGUAGUAACCACCCGCAACAAGAACAUUGCUCUUAUGACGGCCACAUCACCUAUAUGCUACAUUGGAAGAUUAUCCGAUGAUGAUUCUUGGUCUUUGUUUGAGCGAAGAGCAUUUGGAUUGGGUAGAAAAGAAGAAGUUGCACAUUUGGAAACCAUAGGAAGAGACAUAGUCGAUAUGUGUGGAGGGGUACCCUUAGCAAUAAAGGCACUGGGAAGCCUCCUGCGUUUGAAACGAAAAGAGAAUGAGUGGAUAUCUGUCAAGGAUAGUGAACUUUGGAAUUUAUCAAAUGACGGAAGCAUGAUUCUGUCUGCUUUGAAAUUAAGUUAUAAUCAUUUAGCGUUGCAUGUGAAAAGAUGUUUUGCAUUUUGCUCAAUCUUUCCAAAAGAUCGCAUAAUGGAGAGAGACAUGUUGAUUGGACUAUGGAUGGCAAAUGGGUUUAUUCCUUGUGAAACACAGAUAGAUUUGUAUAAUAAAGGUCACGAGGUUUUCGAAGAGUUAGUGUGGAGAUCAUUUUUUCAAGAUGUGAAAGACGAACAUGUUACAGGAACCAUAACGUGUAAAAUGCAUGAUCUUAUCCAUGAUCUUGCACAAUCUAUUACAGUAGAUGAGUGCAAAUUGAUCAAGUCCGACAAAGUCUUGGUUGUUCCAAAGACAAUUCGUCACAUGAGUAUGUAUGUGAAUUCACAACAAGCUUUUCCUCGAGGCAACAAACUCUUCAGAGGUCAACAAUUGCGUUCAUUCCUUUGGGUUGGCCUUCGUGAUAGGCACCAGGAAGCUUUUCCACAAGGCAGCCACUUCAUUGGUGGCCAUAAAUUUAUUUCUUCAAACCUUAGGCCUGGCUAUCCUGAUAGGCACCGGCAAGUGUCUUUCUACAUGUCAGGACAGAAGCGUUUGAGAGUCUUGGAUUUAUCCAGAUCCCGACUAGGGAAAUUUCCAAUGCCAAUCAGUAGUUUGAAACAUUUGAGGUACCUAGAUUUUUCAAACUCAAGCAUUAAAAUUCUGCCGGAACUUAUAAUCUCCCUCCAGAACUUGCAGACGUUGAAUCUUAGAGAUUGCUAUAAGCUCUGCAAAUUACCAAGAGGUUUGAAGUACAUGAAAAAUCUCAUACAUCUUGACAUUCUCGGCUGUUCUUCGCUUACCUAUAUGCCCGGCGAAAUAGGACAACUGACUUGUCUAAGAAAGCUAAGCGACUUCAUUGUGGGCAAGGACAAGGGUCAUCACAUUGGAGAAUUGAAAGAACUGAAUCUUGGGGGAGAGUUAAGCAUACAUAAGAUUCAAUACGUUACAAGUUGCGGAGAUGCUAAGACUGCUAAUCUGAUGGGAAAAAAGGAACUCAGCUCGCUAAGACUACUUUGGUCACAAGAAGAAGAAGAAUACAGUAGCAACACAUUUGAAGAGGUUCUUGAUGGCCUCCAACCUCAUUCAAAUUUAAAGAAAUUAACCAUAUACUAUUAUCGGGGUUCUCAUUAUUGGAUGAUGGACUUACUUCUACCAAAUCUGAUUCAAAUCGAUUUGGUCUGUUGUGACGGAUGCAAACAUCUUCCACCAUUUGGAAAACUCAAGUUUCUUAGGGAGCUUGAAAUAUGUGGAAUGAAUGGUGUGAAGUGCAUUGAGAAUGAGAUAUACGGGAAUGGAGAAUGUUCAUUUCCGUCAUUGGAACGUUUGAGGCUACAUUGUAUGGGUGGUUUAGAAGAAUUGCUAAUGCAAGUGGUGGCUGGUAGAAACGUUUUUCCAAUCCUGGAAAGUUUAGUCAUCAUUUUUUGUCCCAAAUUGGUGGAAUUGCCAAGCAUGCCAUCUCUCAGAACAUUGAACAUUUGUGGAGGAAGUAGAAUGUUAUUAAGAUCAGUUGAAAAGUUUGGUUUCGUCACUAGUCUAUCUAUUAAUGGUCUUGACAAUAGCAUUAACUUAGAGUCAUUGCAAAAUCAGUUAGAUAAACUACCUUAUCUUAAGUCAUUUAAGGUUGAAGGGAUUCCAGAGCUUGAAAGCUUACCAGAACGCCUCAGUUUCUUGGAGACGCUACAUGUAAGUAGCUGCGGAAUAAAAUCUUUCCCAUCAAUCAAUGGAUUAUGCGGAUAUUCUUCUCUUCGUAGUUUAUGUUUUCGAAGUUGCUCAGAAUUUGUAGGUCUAUCAGAGGGAUUGAGACAUCUGAGUGGACUAGAGGAUUUGAGGCUUCAAGAACUUCCGAAGCUGAGUUCACUGCCAGAUAGUAUCGGGUAUCUGACUGCUCUCCGAACACUUGUAAUCUCAUCCUGUGAAGGAUUGUCUUGUCUGCCGAAUGAGAUAGAAAAUCUGACAUCUCUUUCAAGCUUGGAAAUUGAGAGUUGCCGAAAUUUGAUGUGUUUACCGGAUGGAAUACGGAAUCUGGAGACGUUAAGAGGAUAGGGAAUCAUAGAUUGCCCAAUUCUGAAGAGGCGAUGUCGGAAAGAUAGAGGAGAGGAUUGGCCAAAGAUAGCUCACAUUCCUGUUAUUAGAAUCACGGGUUCAUUUUUCGGGUAAUUUGAUCAUAAAGUCACGUUCCAUUCGCACCUAAUAAUGAUGUAAUACGAAUAUUAUUUAGGCAAUGGUUGUUCAUAAAUGUUUGCACACUUGUAAUCUGUAUGCAGUUGAAGGGUAUGAAGACUGAAGUUGUAUUCUGCUGAUUAGAAAGUGAAAAUAGUAAUGAAUUUCCAGAAA